AUGAAUAAAGUACUAUCAUACCUCAUUGUCGUUGCAAUAAUGUUUCAAGCAGUAAAUAGCUUUGAUGUAAAAGAUUGCUUCCUGCCAUUUAAGUACCCUGGUGGAAUAGAUUGUUAUGCAAGACUCGUUAGAUACCAUUGGAAUCACUGGUCGCAAUGUUGUGAAGAAGUAAUUUGGGAUGGAUGCAACGAUACACCGAAUAAUUUCUAUUCCUAUGAAGAAUGUGAAUGUGUUGCAGGAGACUUUUGUCGAGCUUGCUACAAACCAUAA